AUGCUAUUUAGAACCAUUUUUUACAAUGUAUCACGGGGGUGUAAAGAGAAGAACAUUCCAUAUCUCAUCAAAAAGGGGAAGUUUUUCUGCAUAGAAAAGAGGGUUGUUCUAGAGGAACGUAGAGGCAUCAUGGGGGAUAGGCCCCCCCCCGUUGUUGAUCCUCAACCGGCAUAUAAAAGCUACAAGGGCCAUAAUUUAAGCAUAGUAUAUGAAAAUGAGUUCUUCUUGGUGGUGAAUAAGCCUUAUGACAUAAAGUUGGAGAAGGGGAAGCUCGACGAUAUGUACCCCUCUGUGGAAACGCUUCUUCGCCAGAAGACCAACUUGGAUGUGUUCAGGUGA